AUGUUAAGCUAUUUGCCGGUAGCGUGGCUCUUUCUAGCCCUCCUGGUGCUCCGUGCCGCCACGGGCCAGAUCAUUCCACUGCCCACCUUUUGCUUGGGCCUUAGUCCACAGUGCACUUGUGCCGCCGAGGCGAAUGUGGUGCGGUUCCACUGUCCGGAUGAGUAUGCCAUGCUGCUGGAGGUUUCCGAGCCGGGAGCCUCGCUAUACAUGAGCUACUACUCCUGCACCGAUUUGCAUUGGCUGCCGCGCUUCAACAUCAGUUCGCUGGUGAAGAUCGAGUUCGAUGCGUACAUCUUCUGGCCGGAGGAAUUCCUGAGUGGCUUACUCGAGGCCUUGGGUGUGCAGACAGUGAAAGCGAUUAUUUUCCGCGACCGAACCUUGGAAACGGUAGUCACCCGCGAUGUCCAGAACUCGGCCGAUGGGUAUAUGGAAACUUCGCAGCCCAGAAACAUUACCACCUGGCACUUUGGCUCCGUUUCCGGCCUGAAGAAGUUCAAGUUCUACAGCCAAGUGCCCAUGCUGCAGGAGUCCAUAUUCCACGGAUUCGACACCCUGCGGGAUCUGCAGCUCAGCGUGAACGUGACCACGCUGCCGGAGAAAAUGCUGUCCACGGUGAAUGGAACUCUGAAAACGCUGACCAUCGAGAGUCCGGGCAUCGUGUCAUUCGGGAAUCCACUGCUCUGCGAGCUGCAGCAACUGCGCAACUUGAGUCUCGCCCUCGUGGCUCCGUCUCAUGCACGCGAUAAGCAAUUGCAGCCGCACUUUUUCGGUUCCAUGAAAAAUCUGGAGGAGGUGCGACUGGCGUCCGCAACCAGUAGUGUGAAUCGCACCAUGUUUAAGGGCACCAACAAGCUGCAGCUGAUCAAGAUGAAUGGCAACGACGAUCUCACGGAGCUGCCCGGGCUAAUUUUCCUGGAUCAGGUCAAUCUAAAGACCCUGGACCUAUCCUGCAAUGCGAUCGGCACUCUGCACGAGGAUGUCUUCAAAGGCCUGGGGAAUCUAACCCUGCUGGAUCUGUCCAAAAAUAGACUGACUAACUUGUCGAGCACCAUUUUCGCCCCAUUGAGCUCGCUGAACGUUCUGCGUCUGAACAAGAACUCGCUGACCGCAAUGUCGCCGAGUGUGUUCCAGGAUGUGGUCAGUCUGAACUACAUCGAGAUGGUGCAAACCCAGUUCUACGGGGCCACGCUCCAGAUGAACUACGAGGCGGUGGUGUGCACCAAUGAUGAGACCUGCCAGUACAAGUCGGCGGAGUGGCAGUGCGAUCCCCGGUGCAUCUGCUGGGUGCAGCGGAGCAUCGGCAGUCUGAUCGUGGAUUGCCGCGGAACCAGCCUCGCGGAGCUGCCCGAUUUGCCGCGCACCACGCUGCUGAGCACGGUGCUCAAGGGGGGCAACAAUAGCCUCACCAGCCUGCCCAGCGUGAGCGAGCACAGGGGUUACGCCAACGUGAGUGGCCUCUUCCUGUCGGACAAUAACCUGACCACCCUGGGAACCGGCGACCAGUUGCCCGAGAAUCUCACGCACCUGGACGUGCGAGGCAAUCAGAUUCAGUCCAUCAGCGACGAGUUCCUAUUAUUUCUGCAGCAGCCGAAGAACACUAUUACGCUGUCGUUGUCGGGAAACCCCAUCUCCUGUGGCUGUGAAUCCCUGCAGCUUCUGUUCUUCGUGCGCACCAAUCCCCAGCGGGUGCGGGACAUCGCCGAUAUUGUGUGCACCAAGCAGAGGAAGUCCUUCCAGCAGAUGGAGGCCUUCGAGCUGUGUCCUUCAUAUGUGCUGCUAAUCAGCUGCGUGAUCGGUGGCCUGGUGAUCAUCAUCUGCCUGAUCACCGUAUUCUACCUGAUGUUCCAGCAGGAGCUGAAGAUCUGGCUGUACAACAACAAUCUGUGUCUGUGGUGGGUCUCCGAGGAGGAGCUGGACAAGGACAAGACCUACGACGCCUUCAUCUCGUACUCGCACAAGGACGAGGAGCUGAUCAGCAAGCUCUUGCCCAAGCUGGAGAGCGGUCCGCAUCCCUUCCGCCUAUGUUUGCACGAUCGGGACUGGCUGGUGGGCGACUGCAUUCCGGAGCAGAUCGUGCGCACCGUGGACGAUUCGAAGCGGGUGAUCAUCGUGCUGUCGCAGCACUUCAUCGACUCGGUGUGGGCCCGCAUGGAGUUCCGCAUCGCCUACCAGGCCACAUUGCAGGACAAGCGGAAGCGGAUCAUCAUCAUCCUCUACCGGGAACUGGAGCACAUGAAUGGCAUCGAUAGCGAAUUGCGGGCAUAUCUCAAGCUGAACACCUACCUCAAGUGGGGGGAUCCGCUCUUCUGGAGCAAGUUGUACUACGCAAUGCCGCACAAUCGCAGGGUUCUGAAGGGCCAAAAGAAACAUGCGGGUCCGCUAAUCUGAGGCUUGAAUAAAAUUGCAGAUAUUUUAGUUGAAUAUACUCA